AUGGCCACAAGAGUACAGAAAGUGAUGGUUGCUCCCAUCAAUGUCAUCUUCAAACACUUGCAGAGUAAAAACAGAGUCAAGAUAUGGCUGUAUGAACAAGUUGACAUGAGGAUUGAAGGCAAAAUCAUUGGUUUUGACGAAUUCAUGAACUUGGUAGUGGAUGAUGCUGUCGAAGUCAAUUCAAAAGCCGAAACCAGUAAACCAAUAGGUCGCAUUCUGUUGAAGGGAGACAACGUCACCCUCAUUCAGCCUGUAAUUGAGAACUAG